CGCAUACCCGGAAUGGUUUCUUCAUCAGAUAACGGAAGAAAUGCUAGCCAUACAAGCUAGCUACCUCGUCUUCAACAAACUCAUUGUUCCUUCCUCUCCUUCUCCCCUGUUUUCAAAGAGAAACAAUGGCAGAAAGCGCAUUUCAACAUUGGCUAAAAGGAAUGAUUUGCCUGAGAAAUCAAGGAUCGAUCAAAAACCCAUCUUUCCAUUAAAAGUUUCAAACGCUCUUCUUGCUCGAUCUCUAGUUGGGGUGUUCGCUUUGGGAUUCAUUGAUGCUGGGUAUAGUGGGGAUUGGUCAAGGAUCGGUGUGAUCUCAAAAGAGAUUGAGGACUUGCUGAAGAUUGCUGCUUUUGUGAUUCUUCCACUCUGUAUCUUUUUCAUAUUCAAUAUCUACAAUGAACAAGAAUCUUGAACCUUUGAUCUGAAGCAUGUCAAAGUUCAAUCCUUUUUUGUUUCUGUUUUGUGUAUCAAUGAAAUAUAGAAUGUUCA